UUUUUCUUUAGGUUCGAAUUCCGACAAUGCUCUGUCUGCUCAACACGUAGAGAGAGAGAGAGAGAGUCAGUGUGUGCACAUUGCGCACCUCUUCACCGUCUUCUUCCUCUUCUCCACUCCUUUUACUGCCAUAUAAUGUUCGCUCUCAGCAGUCCACUUCUCAGUGUGCGCAACGUGCCCUAACCACUGACGCUUUUUAGCCAAAAAACAGUUAAAAAGAAAAACAAACAGACAAAGAAAACGUCUCGAGGGAAAAAAAAAAAAAAAAAAAAACAAGGAAGAAAAGUCUCUGAGCAAAUUUUCACAAAUACUCAGAUCUCGGAGUGUGGUUAGGGUUUUGUUUGAUCUCGGUUGGGCUAUGGUGGUUCGACCUUCUUCUCUAUUGGUUUUGGCUUCACUGUGUUUGGUCUUUUCGAUUGGAAAUGCGACGAAGAUUGCUUUGUUGCCGUCGUCGUCGCGGUUGAUUCACCGCUUCUCCGACGAAGCGAAGGCGAUUUGUAGAGUCUCGAGGAUUGGGAAUGGGACGGUGGUGUUUGAUGAUGAGGAGGACACGUGGCCUCGCCGAAGGACUGUUGGCUACUACCGGAAGCUCUUAGCCAGUGACGUCCAGAGGCAGAUAAUGAAGGUCGGUUCCCAUUUUCAGUAUGUUUAUCCCUCCGAAGGUAGCAAAACGAUGUCGUUUGGCAACGACUUCGGCUGGUUACAUUACACGUGGAUUGACAUAGGGACGCCAAACGUUUCGUUUCUUGUUGCAUUGGAUACGGGAAGCGAUCUGCUUUGGGUUCCAUGUGAUUGUGUACAAUGUGCUCCGUUGUCUGCCAGCUACUAUAGCAGUCUGGAUAGAGAUUUGAAUGAGUACAGUCCAUCUAGUUCUAGCACCAGCAAACAUUUGUCUUGUAGCCACAGCCUUUGUGAAUUGGGUGCAAGCUGCAAAACUGCCAAAGAGUCAUGCCCUUACAAUGUUAACUACUUGACAGAAAAUACAUCUACUUCUGGGUUGCUCGUUGAGGAUAUAUUACAUCUUGCAACCGCAGGUGGGCCUAAUGUGUCAAAUGGUUCUCUUCAGGCUCCAGUCAUUAUAGGAUGUGGCAUGAAGCAAAGUGGUGGUUAUUUGGACGGGAUUGCUCCUGAUGGUCUCUUGGGUUUAGGACUGGGAGAGAUCUCAGUUCCUAGUUUCCUUUCUAAAGCAGGAUCUAUCAGGAACUCUUUCUCUUUCUGCUUUGAUGAGGAUGAUUCUGGGAGAAUGUUUUUUGGGGAUCAGGGACCAGACCGUCAACAAACUACUUCAUUCCUGCCUUCAAAUGGAAACUAUGAGGCCUACAUGGUUGGGGUGGAAGCAUGUUGUGUAGGAAAUUCUUGUCUCAAGCAGUCAAGCUUCAAAGCACUGGUUGACAGUGGGACAUCAUUUACAUUUCUUCCUCAAGAAGUGUUCCAAAAGGUUUCUGAGGAGUUUGACAGACAAGUGAAUGCUACAAGCACUAAUGAUGAAGCAUCUCCUUGGAAGUACUGCUAUAAAACCAGUUCACAGGAAUUGCCCCAGGUUCCCUCUGUGACCCUCAUGUUUCCUGCAAACAACAGCUUUGUGAUUCACAAUCCUGUUUUUAUGAUAUAUAAUGAACAGGGACUAGUGGGAUUUUGUUUAGCUAUACAACCAGCAAAUGAAGAUAUUGGAACAAUUGGACAAAACUUCAUGAUUGGAUACAGAAUGGUGUUUGAUAGAGAGACUAUGAAGUUAGGGUGGUCAGACUCUAACUGUCAAGAUCUUAGUGAUGCUAAGAAUAUGCCACUAACACCUCCGCAAGGGGCACCACCAAAUCAAUUGCCGACAAAUGAACAGCAGAGCACCCCUGGCAGCCAUGCGGUUGCUCCUGCAGUCGCUGUAAAAGCGCCCUCCAAACCAUCAGCUGCCUCAGCUUGGUUCAUUUCACCGUGGGUUGGUUGGUUGAGAUUGCCACAGCUAAUCUUCCUAUGUCAUCUUUUUUUGUCUUCAUGGUGAUUCCUAGCACUUCUCAGUUGUCUUUGUAAAUGCAGAGUUUUCCCACCCUUAUUAUUA